AUGUCCCCACGGUGCUACAGGCUGGAGGUGUGGGGCCUGGGCGCUGUGGGGCUGCUGGGGCUCUGCUACCUCCUGUACAGCGACCAACGGCUUUGGCUGAGCGUGGCCGCCGGCCCCGAGCCCAGCCCCAGUGCCGCCCCCGGCCUGCCGGCGCCCUCGGCCGAGCCCCCCGCCCCCUGCGCCGCCGACCCCUCGGUGCACAACGUCUCCGGCUUCGCCACCCUGCCCGGCCACGUGCAGGACUUCCUGCGCUACAAGCACUGCCGCGCUUUCCCCCCGCUGCUCGACGUGCCGGGCAAGUGCGGCGGGCCGGCGCGGUCCCCCGGCGUCUUCCUCCUCCUGGCCAUCAAGUCCUCGCCGGGGAACUACGCGCGCCGGGAGGUGAUCCGCAAGACGUGGGGGCAGGAGCGGAGGGUGGCGGGGGUCUACAUCCGCCGCGUCUUCCUCUGCGGAGUGGUGCCCGGCGGCGCCGAGGCGCCCAAGCUGAACCGGCUGCUGCGGCUGGAGCAGCGGGAGCACGGCGACGUCCUGCAGUGGGAUUUCUGGGACACCUUCUUCAACCUGACGCUGAAGCAGGUGCUCUUCCACGCCUGGCUGGAGGAGAGCUGCCCCGGCGUCCGCUUCAUCUUCAACGGCGACGACGACGUCUUCGUCAACACGGACAACGUGGUCCGCUUCGCGCUGAGCGCCCGGGGCGCCGAGAACGGGCACCUCUACGUGGGCCACCUCAUCGCCAACGUGGGCCCCAUCCGCAGCAAGAGCAGCAAGUACUACGUGCCCCCGCAGGUGAUGGCCUCGGAGCGGUACCCGCCCUACUGCGGGGGCGGCGGCGUGCUCAUGUCCGGCUUCACCGCCCGCACCAUCUACCAGCAGUCGCGGCACGUCGAGCUCUUCCCCAUCGACGACGUCUACCUGGGCAUGUGCCUGGAGAAGGCAGGGCUGGCCCCGGCUUCGCACGCUGGCAUCCGGACCCUGGGCAUCCAUGUGCCCGCCCCGGCCGAGCCCUUCGACCCCUGCUACUACCGGGAGCUGCUGCUCGUGCACCGCUUCGUGCCCUACGAGGUGGCGCUGAUGUGGCACGCCGUCCGCGAGCCCCGGCUGCGCUGCGGCAGGCACGUGGACAUCUACCCGAGCACCUGA